AUUCCCUCCCACCAACUCUCUCAACUCUCCAACAGAAAACAACUUGAAGCCAAAAUGAUCUCCAUCCCCCAAACCGCAACCCCCAACGCCUCAACCCAGGCACAACCACAAGACCAACUCACAACAGCCGCGAACCCCAACCCCAACCCUGAGCUAUCGCCAUCGCCAUCGCCAUCGCCAUCGCCAUCGCAAUCGCAAGACAACAGCCACAGCCUCGGAAUCCAGUACCCCCGCAUCACCAUCAAAUUCUGCACCCAGUGCAAAUGGAUGCUCCGCGCUGCUUAUUUCGCCCAAGAACUCCUUUCCACCUUCUCCACAAACCUAGGCGAGGUAUCCCUCCUCCCGGCAACGGGGGGGAUCUUCACGGUAACGAUUUAUCAUCAAUCGAAUCAUGAGGGGGGUGCUGUUCCCCCCGGGGUUCAGACAGAUACUCCUGAGAGUAAGGGCAACGGGGAGCGGGCAACGAUCACGGAGACGGUGCUGUGGGAUCGGAAGCGGGAUGGCGGGUUUCCUGAGGUCAAGGUGCUUAAGUCUCUCGUGCGGAAUGUGGUGGAUCCCGGGCGGGAUUUGGGACAUACCGAUCGGGCGUUGAAGAAGAAGAAGGAACAAGAGGGGGACGGUGACAAGCAGGGUCCUACUACAGAGGCUGAAGGCAAGGGAAAAGAUCAAUGCGAGGAUUGUCAGUAGCUCCAUCUAGAUAUCAUUCAUGUAUAUAGGUAGUAUCGAUUCAAAUAACU